GGAGGAGGAGGAGGAGGAGAAGGACCAAGAGCGCUCUGGUGGAAGAAGUUAUUCCACAAAAAAAAUAUUAUAAUAAUAAUCCAGGAGUUGGGAAGGAGAAAGUCAUGACGAGGCCGUUUUGCCUGCUGCUGCUGCUGCUCGCCAGUUCCACCGCCGCCAUCCCCCUGGAGAGCUUCGGCAGAGAGAAGCACCCCACCCUGCCUUCCCCGGCCCUCGCCACGGCGGCGGCGAGCCCGAGCGAGGAGCGCUCUCGCUUCGCCAUGCUGGACGACGUGCGGCUGCUCGCCAACGGGCUGCUGCAGCUGGGCCAGAGUCUGCGCGAGUUCGUGCACAAGACCAAGGGCCAGAUCAACGACAUCUUCCAGAAGCUGAACAUCUUCGACCGCUCCUUCUCGCGGCUCAACGUGGUCACGUCGGAGAUCCGGGAGGAGGAGGCGGAGCUGAAGAAGACCACGAGUUUCCUGAAGGCCAACAACGAGGAGAUCAAGAACCUGUCGCUGGAGAUCAACUCCAAGAUCAACGGCAUCCUGCAGGAGCGCGUGCAGCUGCAGAGCAAAGUGGGCAACCUGGAGGAGCGGCUGAAGUCCGUGGAGCGGCCGAGCGAGAUCACGACGCUCAGGAAAGUGAUUGAAUCUCAAGAGAAAACCAUCACCCAUCUGGUGGAAGCUGUGAAGGAGCAGCACGAGCAGCUGGACAACCAGAAACACAAGAUCACAAACCUGGAGCAAAAGCUGAGCUACGACAGCUUUCAAGACUCAGUGGAUAUGACGAUGGAUUCGGACCCCGCGGCGCCCGAUAUGUUCGAAUAUCUGACGGGGAACUCCACUGACCUGGACGUGAACGACCUCCAGAGAGACUGCAGCGAGCUGUUCGACAAGGGGGAGACGAAGAGUGGACUCUACGUCAUCAAGCCCAACCAAUCGGAGCCGUUCAACGUUUACUGCGACAUGGCGUCAGACGGAGGCUCAACUGUCAUCCAACGCAGGGCGGACGAUUCAGUGGAUUUUGACAAGACGUGGGACAAGUACGAGAAAGGCUUUGGAGAUCUGGAAAACGACUUCUGGCUGGGCUUAAAGAAGAUCCACAGCUUCACCCAGCAGGGGGUCUACAUCCUGCGCAUCGACUUGGAGGACUGGAAGGAGGGGAAGCACUGGGCCGAGUACCGCUUCUCUUUGGAGGGCUCCUCGAGGGGCUACGGCCUCCACGUCAGCCACUUCUCUGGGGACCUGCCCGACGCCUUGGCCAACAGAACCGGCAUGAGGUUCUCCACCAAGGACCGGAACAACGACAACCACCGGAACUCCAACUGCGCUCGCACGUACACAGGUGGCUGGUGGUUCAACGCCUGCAGGGAGACCAACCUCAACGGGAAGUAUUUGUGGUUGAGGGCAAAGGGACGCUCCAUGAGAAGGAAGGGCAUCUACUGGAAGCCGGGCACGGGACCCUCCUAUUCCCUCAAGACGACCAAAAUCACCGUGCGACCGGCCCGACUGCCGGAUGCUUCCACUAACUGAACCCCACAAGUCAAACCGCUUUCUUACAACACUACUGACAGUUUUCCACAGAAGCAUCGAUCAAAUCUAAUGCUCAGCCCAAAAAAAAAAAAAAAAAAGCUCAAUUAAAAUGGAAGGUGAAGUAACGCUGAUACAUUUCUUAGUUUAUCUGCAACAUUAAGUUGAUUGCUUGCAAAACCAUUUUUUGUUUCGCAAUGAUGCAACCGUGCCACGCAGGGCAGUGACCUGUUGGGUGUAAUCAAGGCAAGGACUGUAGAAUUGGCGUUACGCAACAUCUGCAAUCAUUUGCAAAAUGAACAUCGCUCUGAUUUGGGGUUAUUGAUCAAUUCAGAGCCAACAGAGCUGCAGUAGGAAAGAAAACUACGGAGAGAUUCUGAAGCAAUUAUUUAAAAAAACCUGGAUUGCUCGGCUAGAACAGAGAAGUUAAACACAGGGUUCAUACACAUGUUGAGCAAUGGAUUCCCAUGACCUUUCCGUGACCUUUCCGUGACUUGAAACCAAUUUCCAUGACCAAACAUUGAGUGAAAUCUUGGUGUAUACAUGAAUAUAAAACCUUAAUGACACUAAUGAGGCAAUAGUUUGAUUAAAAGAAUACAUAUUUAUAUAGUUGUUAUUCUUUUAAUCAAAUAUGAAUAUACCAAAUUUCCAUGACAUUUCCAAAACUUUUGGGAUUACAUAUUUUAAUGGAAAUAACUAUUUUUAAAUUCCAUGAUUUUUCCAGGUUUUCCACGACCGUACGAACCCUGUUAAACUCAUAUUUGACAGCUUCUAUGUUGACAAAGCUUUUUUAAAUGAGUAUUAUCUUUGUGUUUCAUGUUUCCAGGAGUCACAUGUACCAACAGGUUGUUGUGCUUUUAUAUUUUAAGCCAUUGUCCAAGAGAAACACUGCAUCUCCAACAUCUCGACAUGUGUCCGAACUGGUGAUUUUAAUGAAUUAAUGAACACCGAGUCAUCCCUACUUUGAUGGAAAAACAAUCCACAAAGUGGGGCCAAUGUCAGCAGACAAAUACUGGACUACGUUGGAGAAAGAAAAGCGUUGGCAGCACAUGUGAUGAAGGUGUUUUUUUUGCUUUGUUUAUUUGUAUUUUUUUUACUCUGUAAAGUAUUUAAACCAUUUCAUGCUAUUAUAUGACUUCUGCUGGUAUUGUUAGAGAAAAAACAUAAUUUCUGUGCAUUUCCAGGUGUAUUGAGUCAUAUUGACUUUGGUCCAUUAUUACACUAUAACUAACUGGACUGUAGAUGUGGCUCAUACUAAACACGUCACCCUUAUAAGUAGAUAUAUGCUAACAGAACGUAUUUAUGGAGUCAAAAUAAUAAUAAUAAAUCGUGUCUAAAUGUC